AUGUCACCAUUUAUGUUACCGCUAUUCCCGAUCACGCAACCGGCCGGUAUUACGAUUCGGGAUAGCAGCCCAUCUCCAACGCAACCUCUGUUACCGCCACCAUUAACAACAACACCAGGAGCAGUUGGUUACUAUGGUGGCCUACUUGUAAAAGUCCGCAUAUUUUCGAUAUUGGUGCAGCAUCCGCGAGGAAACAAUUCUUUAUUAAUCUCAUGGUUUGCGGAUAUUCUGAAGGUACUAAACGUUGGUCGCAAACGUCCCAUGCCUUUGUACCGUAUGCCACCAUAG